GUGCUGAAAAAUGUCAGGUUUUCUUGAGAGCUUGAGGUGCUCGGAGUGCGUGGACUGGGGAGAGAAACGAAACACGAUCGCUUCUGUUGCUGCGGGAGUGCUGUUUUUUACAGGUUGGUGGAUAAUCAUAGAUGCGGCUGUAAAAUACCCUAAAGUGGAAGACUUCAACCAUUCAUACCAUGCUUGUGGGGUUAUAGCCACGAUUGCAUUCCUAAUGAUCAAUGCGGUGUCUAAUGGACAAGUGCGGGGUGACAGUUACAGUGAAGGCUGUCUAGGACAAACAGGUGCUCGGAUCUGGCUGUUCAUCGGUUUUAUGAUGGCUUUUGGAUCUCUGAUUGCUUCCAUGUGGAUCCUUUUUGGAGGCUACGUUGUUAAAGAAAAACCAGUAGUAUACCCAGGAAUAGCUGUGUUUUUCCAGAAUGCGUUCAUCUUUUUUGGAGGACUGGUCUUCAAAUUUGGUCGCACGGAAGAUUUGUGGCAAUGAACAUGCCUGUGGAAGUGCGUCAGCCAGGCUGGUUUUUUAACUGCACGCUCCCCGGAUUUUGUAAAACCAUUUUGUAAGCGGUGAUCUUCAAUAGUGUCUAACGAUAAAACAAGGAAAACUUAAAUCAUAGCACUAAAACUUCUGGUUCUAUUCUGUUUAA